ACUGAAAGGCAAUACAUCUACGCAGUCUAUUACUGAUAAAUAUUUCAGCCAGUUUAUUUUGCUGGCGAAGCUUAUUAGAGCAUUCCAUAGAAAUCUGUCCAAAGUUUAGUUUACAGCUUUCUACAUUAUUACAUUUUUCUUUCCAGUCAGUUUUUAUUCAUUUUAUUUUGACAAUUUAAAAAUGAACAAUUAAAAUACAAGAGAUCAAAAUAAUUGGGAUGAAAAUGGUUUAAGACAUAGGUUAAUGAGAGUGUAGGGAGACAGUACAGAUAAUCUUCUUAAAAAGACUUCAGGUAUUAGGUAUUAUGCUGAUCCACGGUGGAGAGCUGUCCUGCUGUGCGUCCCAGUUGCCCUGAGCUGCUGUGCGCAGUGUGCGAGUGUGUGAGCGCCGGAGCUCUGCGUUCAGCCCAGCUGUUCAUCAGCACCGCGCCACGGACACCACCGCACCGCUCCCGAGAGACCUGGGAGAUGAAUCCUCCAAUCCUGAGAGAAUGAGAUGGUCCACUCUGUGACAGGCCCCUUCACACCCCAUCAUAACCUGGUGGGACACACUGGGAUAUAUUGUCUGGGACAAGAGCAACUCCCUUAGGAAACGCAGUGCAAAAUGUAUCUAACUCGUAGAAAGAGACUUCAGCUGACCCGGAUUAUACUUCUCUUGUCUGGGGUUUUGCUUUGUUGUAUAUACCAACUAACUGUUAGAACCAGAUUACAAGGACCCUGGCCAGAACCUCAGAUUGGAGAAAAUGCCGAAGUUGACCAUGAAGAUGUUACUGAAGGACUGGUAGUGAAACCAGGAGUAGCAGCUAAGCUGACCACCGCUGCUGUGGAAGAAGGUAUAUCAACUCAUACAGCGCAUAAACCAGACACAACUGCAUCCACUGCCCCUCUGAGAACCGAGAGAGCUGAAACAACGGCGUUACAUCCGGUGACCACUACAAACAGGACAAUUGUCCGCUGCAUCUAUGUAGAUCCACACCUUCCAAAGCCCACUCCAGUUCCUUCUCCAGCACCUGAACCCACUCACCCUACACCCACAAUCACCAUCUCCGGCCCUGCAGAGCCCCCUCACGUAAAGGGCGAAUACCCUCAGGACAUCUUCUCCAUUGAAGAACGACGGAAAGGCUGGGUGUGUCUGCACAUCUUUGGGAUGAUAUACAUGUUUGUUUCUUUGGCCAUUGUGUGUGAUGAGUUCUUUGUCCCUACUCUUGGUGUCCUCACUAAAAAGUUGGCGAUCUCAGAUGACGUUGCUGGAGCAACAUUCAUGGCAGCUGGAGGCUCUGCUCCUGAACUCUUCACCUCCUUGAUUGGUGUCUUUAUCUCACACAGCAACGUGGGUAUUGGAACUAUUGUAGGGUCAGCUGUAUUUAACAUCCUUUUUGUAAUAGGAAUGUGUGCUUUGUUCUCCCGGGAGAUGCUCUAUCUCACCUGGUGGCCUCUCUUCAGAGACGUGUCCUUCUACAUCUUAGAUCUGAUCAUGCUCAUCAUCUUCUUCUUGGACAAUACCAUCAUGUGGUGGGAGAGCAUAAUGCUGGUGGGUGGUUAUGCAGUCUACGUCUACUUCAUGAAAUACAACGUCCAGAUUGAGCAUGCAUUCAAGUCUCAGCUCCGCAGGCACAAGAACAUCGUCAAAGUCAUCCCAAUCGAGGAGCCUGAGAAGGAAAAUGGGACAUCAGUUGAUGAUAAUUCCACUCCUGAACCAGAGGACAAGAAUCGAUUAAAGCUUAAGCCCAUACUACAACGAGGGGGCAGUUCAGCAUCUUUGCAUAACAGCACCAUGAGAAACACCAUUUUCCAGCUCAUGAUUCACACACUGGAUCCUUUGGGUGAGGACUCAGUGGUAAAUGGGGGUACAAAGCCCAGCAGCUCUUUGGGAAGUAAAGUGAAGUUUAAAGACAAGGCUCAGAUUUUGAACAACAUGGCCAGGGGAAAAGUAGAGGGAAAAGAGAAGGAAAAAUCGGGCAAAGGUGAUGAUAGUAAAACAGAGGAGACUAAGGAAUCCAAAGAGCCAGCAGGCGCACCAUCUAACAAGGCAGACACCAAGGAAAAGCCAGAGGGACAGAAGGAGGAGAAGGAGGCAGCAGGAGGAGAAGGAGGGGGCUCAGAGGGAUCGGAAGGCUCAGAUGACAGUGAUGAUGACAGUGAGGAAGACAGUGAUGAGGACAGUGAUGAUGAAGAUGAAGAUCAGGAAGAGGGAGGCACGGAGGAUGAAGAUGGAGAGGAAAAAGAUGAGCCUCUGUCCUUGGAGUGGCCAGACACCAGACGGAAACAAGCCACAUACCUAUUCCUUCUACCCAUUGUCUUUCCUUUGUGGCUCACUGUACCGGAUGUCAGAAACCCAGCAUCCAAGAAGUACUUUGUCAUUACCUUCCUGGGUUCUAUAGUAUGGAUUGCUAUUUUCUCCUAUCUCAUGGUGUGGUGGGCGCAUCAGGUGGGUGAAACCAUUGGCAUUUCAGAGGAGAUAAUGGGUCUCACCAUUCUGGCAGCUGGUACAUCCAUCCCUGACCUAAUCACCAGUGUGAUUGUAGCUCGCAAAGGCCUGGGAGACAUGGCUGUUUCCAGCUCUGUAGGCAGCAACAUAUUUGAUAUCACUGUGGGGUUGCCAGUGCCCUGGUUAAUGUACUCCUUCUUCCAUGGACUGGCACCUGUGGCUGUCAGCAGCAAUGGACUUUUCUGUGCCAUCGUGCUGCUCUUCCUCAUGCUCCUCUUUGUGAUCAUCUCCAUCGCAGUCUGCAAGUGGAGGAUGAAUAAAAUGCUGGGCUUCACCAUGUUCAUGCUCUACUUUGUGUUCCUUGUGCUCAGUGUUAUGCUGGAGGACCGUAUAAUUAUCUGUCCAGUGUCAAUUUGAGCAACACAUUGACUCCCAGUCUCUACUGAAAUGGCUAACAUUCCAGUUGUAAUCAGUUAUUUGUCCUGUUCUAUUUCAUCCCUCCUAACAUCCCGGGGAGAUGACACCUUCUUGUGCAUGUGUGCAUGCAUGCCAAGACCUUUCAACAAUGUCACGAAGUGAUGUAUGAUGCAGUGUUUACAAUAUGUACUGCUGUAAUACAUUUUUCCCAUUUUCUUCGCACCUCGUACGCAUAUCAGACCAGAUGUAUACCAUAUGGAGCUAUUCACCUAGCAGCUUGUGACUAUGGCCAGAGCUAUAGGUUUCCUGUCAUUUAAAGCUUGAGAGAGCUGUCUGUCAUCCCAUUUUAUCUCUUUUGCCUUGGUUAGUGUAUUUUUCAUACAUUCCUCAUGUCUUUUUGUCUUUUUAUUUAAAGACAAAAAGGUUUCAGGGAAGGACAACUGAAUGACAGCAUUACUUAUUCCAAAUAUUGUGUCAUACAUCACUUUGUGACCUUGUGGUUAUCUUUUGGUUAUCCGGGAUUCAUAGAACAACAGUUACAUAUAGUAUGUAUCUAUUGUUUAACACUGCUGCUUGUGUAACACUGCAUUAGACAUCUUUGUAGUGUUGCUCUCGGGAAAAGCUAAAUAACCCAGAUACAUUCACAGUUGAGUCUAUCAUUUUAUCUCUCACAAACAAGUAAGAUGACUAUGGUGAGCCACUGUGCAACACACCACAUGGUGGCAUCUUAUGCAUUUUUUUAGUAGCUGGUUUAAGCCUUUCAGUUAGUCGCUAAUGCUGGUUAAUUUUUGUGCACACAAUUUCCAGUACAUCAUACUUGAAGUAUUCUGUGUUGUACAAUACAGUCAUGUAUAUUUCCCCUUGUUCAGUCCACAGUGAAUUUUAAAAUAUACUAUUAACAUUCAAAAUUUCUACCCUAAUUUACUACAGAUGCACACAUUUGUAUAGAUAUUUGAUAUAUAGUGAAUGUAUGGUUUGGUUUUUGGAUUAUAUGUUUAUGUAUGCAGAACUAAAUUGUAGUAAUAGCUGUAUUAUGCUCUUUCUUAGAUGCCAAUAUUAGCAUUCUGGCAAAUAAUGUUUCACAUGUUUUUGUGUAUUGUGUGUGUGCAGACACUUUUGUCAGGGUCUCAAUUUAGUAGCAUCUGUUUAACAUACUCUUAAAAGCAUAGACCUGCAUUUUUUGCAUUGACUUCACAUAUUUCUUUUUUUGUUUAAUCAAUUGUAUCAUGCAAAUACAUUAUUCCAAAGGCAGUAGUCCUUUAGAAAGAAUAAUGAAAUUCAAUGAAUUGUUUACUGUAAAGUAUGUAAUUUACACUCAUACUGCAAUGGAAUUAUUUUUGUAAAAUGGAUUACUACAACACGAGAACAUCAUAAUUUGUGCUUGUACAACACAUUUUUCCUUUUUCAAGUUUGAAAUAGCUACCUGCAAGAAAGUAGUCUUGUGUAUUAGUCUUUGUUUAUUAAUGUUCUAAUAAGUAAAUAAAAAAACCAGAUUAUUCUGCUAUGGGAGUAAAACCAAAUAAUGAGGGAAAAUGGUCCGUCGACGGUGCGAUAAACGGUGUUCCAAAAGUACCAUGUUUAUCACUCUCUCACUCAGUUUUCCUCUCUCUAUUUCUAAUAAAUGUGUUUCAAAGACAA